AUGGCUGUCGGCGGCUGUUUCUGCGGCAAGGUUCAAAUCAAAUAUAAUGGCCAGCCUCUGACGUCGGGACUGUGCCACUGUCUCGAUUGUCGCAAGCUUACCGGGGCACCCUAUACCUACAAUUAUAUCGUCGAAAGUGCAGAACUGGAUAUCUCUGGAAAUCCGAAAGAAGUGGCAAAAACAUCAGAUAGUGGAAAUAAUAUUAGGAAUUAUUUCUGUCCUGACUGUGGCACGCCGCUUUUUGGACGGAAGAUAAAAUCUGACGGAGAUUCUGAUGAGAUUACAAUCAUCCGGGCAGGAAUAUUUGAUGACAUCCGAAUUUUGAAUGAACGCAAACCUGAGGCGGAGAUAUACACUGAUAGACGAUUAAAGUGGGUAAAUCCUGUUGAGGGGGCUGAUCAAUUUAGCGGCAUGUUGUCGCUACCAUAA